UAAGAACCGACCCGUGAAUUUCUCCUCUUUUCUCUCUGUUCCAUCUCUUAAUUUUUUUCUCCAGAUUUUGAAUCCCUAAGACAAAAAUAAUAAUAACAAAGCUUAAAGAAGUCAUUACAGAAUCAUGAACAAUCCAUUAUUAUCAAUCUCAAACCCAGUAAAGUUCUUUAAACCACCAAUUCCGUACAGAAUAAGCUUAAACACCACCAUUAACAAGAAACAGAAGCAUCAAAGCAAAACCCUUGUCGUGAAAUCCAACAAAAGGUCUACAACAUCAUUGACUAGUAGUGUCUCGCUGGUUAGAAGGAGAAACAACAAUGGCGAUGGUGAAACGACGCUGGUUAAAAAAGUGGGUAGAGAUGAAAAAGGACAAACGGUUCUGUUGUGUGCUUUAGGGUAUUGGGUUCAAGGGUUAAGGUGUUUCUCAUGGCUUGCUCUUAACUUCCAUAUGGCUCAUUGUCUUAAUCUCAAGCCAUCGACGCUUCAGCUUGUACAGUACACUGCUAGUCUUCCCAUGGUUGCUAAGCCUCUCUAUGGAGUUCUCUCUGAUGUUCUUUAUAUUGGCGGUGCUCGUAGAGUUCCUUACAUCUCCGUUGGAGUGCUUUUGCAGGGUCUAGCAUGGGGUUCGUUGGCGAUAUUCCCUGGUGCUAGAGAAGUUCUUCCUUCACUUAUGGCAUUUAUUCUGCUUAGUAACCUUGGAGCAUCCAUUACUGAAGUUUCUCAAGACGCUCUUGUUGCGGAAUACGGUUUAAGAUAUCAGAUAAAUGGUCUUCAGUCUUAUGCACUUAUGGCUUCAGCAGUUGGAGGAAUCCUUGGGAACUUACUCGGUGGAUAUUGCUUACUCAAGACACCUCCUAGAAUCUUGUUUCUUGCUUUUACAGCUUUGUUAUCUCUUCAGCUCAUUGUUUCUUUAUCUUCUAAAGAAGAAUCUGUUAACUUGCCACGGAUCGGAGAAGUAACUCCAGAGAUAAGCUCUGUUUUGGGGAUCGUAAAGAAACAGUUUUUGGAUCUUAAGGGAAUUGUUCAGGUAGAUGAAAUCUCCCAGCCUUUGAUUUGGAUAGUAUCUUCCAUUGCAUUGGUCCCUCUUCUCUCAGGAUCAGUCUUCUGCUACCAAACUCAAGUUCUAAACCUUGAUCCUUCAGUUAUUGGUAUGUCAAAGGUUAUUGGACAGUUGAUGCUUCUCUGUUUAACUGUUGUUUAUGAUCGUUACUGGAAGAAACUUCCCAUGAGGGCGUUGAUCCAUAUCGUGCAACUCCUGUACGCGUUUUCAUUACUGUUUGAUUAUAUCUUGGUGAAGCAAAUAAAUCUCGCGUUCGGGAUCUCAAACACGGCUUUUGUGCUCUGUUUCUCUAGUGUAGCGGAAAUUCUUGCACAGUUCAAGAUUCUUCCUUUCUCUGUUUUGCUAGCAAAUAUGUGCCCUGGAGGCUGUGAAGGAUCAAUCACUUCUUUCCUUGCUUCUACUCUGUGUUUGUCAUCAGUUGUAAGCGGAUUCACUGGAGUUGGAAUGGCUAAUAUGAUCGGGAUAACAUCGAAGAAUUACUCAAACCUGCCUGCAGGAAUUCUGAUACAGUCUUUGGCAGCUUUGGUGCCUUUGUGGUUUAUUCAUUAUGUUCCAAUGUUAGAGCCUGGUUUUGAGAGAGAAGGGAAGAGAGCUAUGAGUAAGAAAAGCAGAAGGAAUAGACGUGUAGGGAGAGUCAUAGGUCAGGAAAGUUUUGCUUACCGGCGGGAAAGAGAAACAUAAACAAGAAUCAGUCUGAGUUAUAGUUAGAGCUAGUUCUUCAGCUGACAUAACAUUGUUUCUUGGGAGGAGAAGAUUUUGUGCCCAUGUAAGUAAGGAUGGAUACUGAUGUUGGUAAACAUAAAAGUCCCAAGAUUGACAAGAAUCUCAUAAAUCCAAUCAAAGCAAUGUUAUAUCUCAGUUCACACCAAUCUUGCUGCAGCAACUCCAAGAAUCUCCCCACUGUUUCAUUCAUCGUUCUUGGUUUGGAGACAUGAGAUGUCAUUUCUUCCAAGACAAGCCAACGCACAGUGUAAUAUCUUGUACUAGGAUAACAAUGACCUAGAAAUGAAAUUAAAGUUUUG